GGGAUGCUGUAGUGGAUGCCGUAGCGGUCUGGCGGAUGCUGGCCGAUGUUGGUCGGCCCUCUCGGCGGCCCUGUUCUCUCGUUGUGCCCAACGGCGGCUGCGCUCAACAAAAAAAAAAGUGCAGCCGAGGUCGGAGUUGUCCACGUGAGGCUGAGUCAGCCGCCCAGAACACCGGCACAGGCCGGCUGGGGCAGCCCAGGCCUGCCGAGCCCAUGAACAUGAUGGCAUCCCAAGCGCACAGGCCGGCCGGCCAGGUGCAUAUGCGCUGUCGGUCCUCGGCCGGGCAGGCGGUGGCCCGGCUCUGGUGCGUGCCUGCUCUUUCGGUGUGGUCAGGGCCAGCCGUAUGAUCCAGCACGGCUUGUCGCUGCGCAGGCAGCCUCCCGCAUUUUCUUGCGCGGAGACUCCCAGCCAGGCCGCAACAACCUGGUCUUGCAUCGUACCGCCGCCGACCCUCCUCGCCAAUGACCUGUCUGUCGCUGCCGGCCCUGGCUGUGGCCGCUCGCCCGAGGCCUCGGCUGCAGGCUCCGACAAGGUCCUUUUUCAACUUUCCAGCACCGCUAACGUCGCUGGCCAAGGAGCACCGAGAGCGGCGGCUCAUGAACUUUUCGCAGCGGCAGCUCUACGACAUUGUCUCGGAUGUCGAUCAAUACUCCAAGUUCCUUCCCUAUUGCGUCGAAUCGAUCGUGUUGUCGUCUGCAGAAAUUCCCACGGAUGCUCGCUUCAAGCCUCCGUCGGGCAGCCCGGCCUCGGCUGCUGGCUCGACCUCCACAGUAAUUUCCCCCCGGAAGAAAAUCAUGAAAGCCGAUCUUGUCAUUGGAUUCAGCGCCAUGAAGGAGCGAUACACAUCGACGGUGACCUGCUGCGAGUACGAUAUGGUGCAGGCCGUCGCCUCAAACUCCCAUCUCUUCCGCAAGCUUAUCAACACCUGGCGAUUCACCCCGAACGUUCCCGCUGAAGCCAGGGGCGAUGUAUUGCCGUGCGAUUAUCCAAGUUGCCACGUUGAUUUCUUUAUCGACUUUGAGUUCCGAUCGCCGCUGUAUGCCCAGGCUGCCUCUUCCUUCUUUACCGAAACCAGUAGACUCAUGGUGACGGCAUUCGAGAAGCGCGCUCAAGAAGUCUACGGUCGGCGUUGA